AACACGCAUUCGAUCAAGUGAUAAAAGCAGAAAAAAGUAAAAGUUCAGUGAAAAUUCAAAAGUGGUGCACAAGCAGAUUCAGUGAAAAAGUGUGAUCAGUCAGUGCUCAGAAGAAAAUGUCGCUCAUACCGAUCAUUUUCCGCGACUGGUGGGAUGACUGCUGGGACACACCGCUGCGUACAUCCCAGCUGUUGGACCAGCACUUUGGCAGUGGAAUCAGCGGUGACGAUUUGCUGACGGCGCUCACCUCGGCGGCAGCUGCCCAGUCUGCCCUGCAGAACCAGAGACGUUCACGCUACAACAGACCGUGGCGCAACACAAGCGUUGGCACUCGUCAGGAUUCCGGAUCAACGGUCAACGUUACGGAUGACAAAUUCCAAAUCAACCUGGACGUUCAGCAGUUCGCACCGGAGGAGAUCUCGGUCAAGGCAACGGACAACAGCGUCAUCGUCGAGGGCAAGCAUGAGGAGAAGCAGGACGAGCACGGCUACGUUUCGAGACACUUCGUUCGCCGCUACAUGCUCCCGGCUGGACACGAUGCUAACCAGGUUGUGUCGUCGCUCUCGUCGGAUGGCAUUUUGACAGUGACCGCUCCGAAGAAGGCCUUGCCAGAGGCAGAGGGGCCGAAGGCCAUUCCGAUCGUCCAGACUGGACAACCAGCGAAGCAGCUGAAGGAUGCCGAGAAGAAGGCCGUUGAACAGGGUAAAUAAGCCCUUUCUAGUGUCGAAGCUGUCCGGCAACAUUUCUACCUCAGCUUAAAGUCAACAUAUUUUUCGUUUCGUUCUUUUAUGUUCUAAGAUAUAUUUGAAUUAAGUUUUGGAACUGAACUUCUUGAAUUCCUGAGUUAUGUAGUUAUUAUUUUUCCUAAGUGUUUAAGUAAUACUUUGUGCUGUUAAGAUGUUAAUGAUAAGCAAAUAAAGCAUAAAUUCAGCUUUAAAAUUAAA